CCCAGCCCCGCCCAGCGGGACUAAGCAGGAGAGCUCCGCACGCGCCACCUCUGCGCUCCGGGAGCAGAGUCCGCCGCCGACUUCGCCGCGAUGUGGGCCGUGCUGCCGCUGCUCUGCGCAGGGGCCUGGCUGCUGGGACCUCUGGCCCGUGGCGCUGCAAGCCUGUCUUUGGGCUCCCCAGAGACGUUUCGCUUUAAGUCAUGGAUGCAGCAGCACCAGAAGACAUACAGCACAGAGGAGUACCGGCACCGGCUGCAGACCUUUGCCAGCAACCAGAGGAAGAUAAAAGAACACAACGCCAGGAACCACACGUUUAAAAUGGGAAUAAACCCCUUCUCAGACAUGACGUUUGCUGAGUUUAAACGCAGGUUUCUUUGGUCGGAGCCUCAGAACUGCUCGGCCACCAAAAGCAACUACCUUCGGGGUACGGGUCCCUACCCCACCUCCGUGGACUGGCGGAAGAAAGGGCGCUUUGUCUCGCCAGUGAAAAACCAGGGCGGCUGUGGCAGUUGCUGGACCUUCUCCACCACGGGGGCCCUGGAGUCUGCGAUCGCCAUCAAGACGGGGAAGAUGCUCUCUUUGUCGGAGCAGCAGCUGGUGGACUGCGCCCAGAACUUCAACAACCAUGGCUGCCAAGGGGGCCUCCCCAGCCAGGCCUUCGAGUACAUCCGCUACAACAAAGGCAUCAUGGGCGAGGACAGCUACCCCUACGAGGGCAAGGACGGCAACUGCAAGUUCCAGCCCGGGAAGGCCAUCGCUUUCGUCAAGGACGUGGCCAACAUCACCCUCAACGACGAGGCGGCCAUGGUGGAGGCGGUAGCCCUGUACAACCCCGUGAGCUUCGCCUUCGAGGUGACGAGCGACUUCAUGCUGUACAGGAAGGGCAUCUACUCCAGUACUUCCUGUCAUAAAACCCCAGACAAAGUCAACCACGCCGUCCUUGCUGUCGGGUACGGAGAACAAAACGGGAAGCCCUACUGGAUCGUGAAGAACUCCUGGGGCCCCAGCUGGGGGAUGAACGGGUACUUCCUCAUCGAGCGUGGGAAGAACAUGUGCGGGCUGGCCGCCUGCGCCUCCUACCCCAUCCCGCAGGUGUGAGCUCGGAUGCGGCGGCUGCGACCCGCCAGCUGCGACCCGCCGGCAGGCAGAGGGAGAGGAACACCAGGCCGCCCGGGCCGAUGGGGGGCGUCCUGCUGUGGAGGGAGCAGUGGGGGAGCUGCCCAGGGCCCCCCCUCGCACCCUCACCGCCUGAGCGAGGGUCCCAGCAGGCCCCAAGUCCACCCAUCUCCUGACCAGACGUGCCUGACAGACUAGCACUGACCAAGAACCUUCUUUAUCCCCUGGGCGGGGCUGCUGCUCACCUCCGGAGAGCUCUGGGGACCGUCUUCUGUGUGGCCUUGACUCAAUAAACUUCCAAGGAGCACUGCCCCGGGCA